GCGCGUUCAGUACGCACUCUCGUUGUUAUCGACCAUCAAGAGAGGAGGCCAAGCCGAGCUGGCUCGAGCAGAACCGAGCGACACCGAAUUGAACGGAGAGACGAGUCGCUCAGCGAGUCGUCCCUUCGUCGGCCCAGGACCUGGAUCCUGUCGUGAGCGCGGAUCGGUAUUCCCUGAAUCUCACCAUCGAUCUCGAGCAGCCGAGCGAUCUCGAGAGACGCGGGUGAGAAGAUCGUAGUCUUAGACGAAAGGAUCUGAAUUAUGGAUUGACACACUGUGUUUAUUUCUUGAGGGAACAUCAGAAUUUUUCCUGACAUUAUUGACUGUCAUGUGGGAAAACCGAAGAAUUGUUAAUUAAAUUGAUUAGAACAGAAGUCUCGCUCCUCGUGAAAAGAUCGGCGAUCGAUCGUAAAACGUCAGUGUCCUGACGUAUCCUUCGUACUUCACGAUCUGACUGUGUCCUUCGUAUUUUGUGAUUCAUCGUGUCAACGUUCCGCGCAUUAAUAAUAGUCCUCGAAGUGACGAUAACAAUCGCGCGUGAUUCAUAGAAAUUAGAAUAACGCGAUGCGUUAAUUUUUAUUUCAAUUCCGUCGCCGCGCGACAUCGCAUUGCCUCCAGUAAUCACUGACAUUACACGGAUACAUCAGAUUCGAGCUUAAUUAUUCACGCGCGGGAUUGUGUCAUUCCGCGUGCUGUUAACUAUAUUUCAAUCUGAAACGCAGCGACGAUUUCCAAACCGAGUGCGAUCGCCGACAUUCCGCGAGUGCAUUAUGCUUAACAGUUAAUUUUAAUUAAAACCCAAGUGACGCGCGAACUUCGGAAUGCGAAUAAUCGCGAUUCCCGACUCGCUAUCGUUCUGCGAGUGCCGCGAGUGGAAAUUCAACGUCGCGUGUCACCGAUGCUUAAACGCGAUGUACUCGAUUUAAGUCGGCGAGCAACGUGCGAAAUUUGCACGGCAAAUGACAGCGACGAAGCCCGUCGUCAUCGCGCGGAAUGAGAACGACGAUGAUCGACUUCUCGGGCGGUGAUCAUGCCCCAUGACGAUCUAUUGUGCGACAACCGGCUGAAUUUCAGCAGCUCUUCGUCAGCGGAAAGCAUGGUGCAUGUCGAUCCGCGGUGCAGCAGUGUAAACGCGAAAACGUGACUAACUCGUGGAUGAGGAAAACGUCGAUUGUGACGGCGGCUACUCGAUCGUAAUGAGAUCGAGCGAGGAAUUCGAUCACGCGUGAAAAGCUAACACAAUAAAGCGACAACGGCGGGGUGGGAACAAUGGGGUCGUUGCCGAAUCUACACGAGCUGUCCAAGGACAAGCUGGAGAGCCCAUUGUACAAACCGGCGCCGAUCGGCGGUCUUGGUCCGAUACGAUUACCGCCGCAACCUCCGCCGUUGGCGCACACGCAUAGGCGUUCGAGAAGCAGCGGGCAUCAUCAUUCUACCUUGUGCGACAAUGAUGCCAUGUUGGAGCACAUGGCAGCGUACUCGCCGAUCUCCUGUCGGUCGACGCGCACCUCGGCGCUGUCGUGGCGACGUCGCGACUCCAUGAACUCGUCGGCGGGCGCGUCGUCGGUGCGCCGGCUGAUCGCGGCGGUCCGUGCGGCCCCGUCCGGACCGCGACCACCGCGUAAAGCCGUACUUCGUCACAUCGCAGCUCUACUGCUCGGCCACGCGAGCUGCUCGGCCGCCACGCUGCCCAUCUUUCCGCUCCAAGCGGGCCUGGGCGCGUUCGAACCUCAUCUGGGUCCGGUACUUUUGGCUCAACUCUACAUGAUGGCAGCCGUCACCAGCUGCUUCGCGCCCAUCGUCAUACAGCGGCUCGGCACGAAUCUCGCGAUCACUGCGAGCCACCUCGUCACCGCUAUCUUCGUCGGCGUGCAUCUCUAUCCCAAGUGGUACAUACUCGCGCCCAGCUACGCGAUGCUGGGUUGCUGCGCCAGCUCGAGCUUCCUGGCGAGGACGUCGCACGUCAACGUAUCCGCGACCAGCCUGGCGCUCGUCUGCACCGAUCCCGAGGACCCCGAUGAGACUCGGCGCGAGUGCUACCUGAGAAGGCUCAAUCGAGCAAUCAAACUGACCGAGGACUUCGGCCUCGCACUCGGUUGCGGUAUCGCAUGGAUUCUCGUCAGGCUAACAGACUUGAUACCAUCUAGUAUAAACAGCGGGGACAUAGGGGACAUUUGCGGGGCUGAGUACUGCUCAGAGGAGACGUACUUCUACAACGAAUCGAUGUAUCUGCCGAUGAUCGCGUCGGGCACGUCGAGAGUGCUCGUCAGCAUCUGGCUCGGUCUGGCAGUACUCGGUCUAGGCAUAUCCUGCGCAUUCCUCGACUCCAGGAUGCAGGAACCGCAGGCGAGCCAUGACCGCACCAGCGUCAAGGAUAUCCUCAAGUCCGUGAAAUGCGCGUUUCAGGACCCGAAGCUUCAACUCGCGGCGCCGCUCACGCUCUUCAUCGGGCUGGAACAGGGUUUUAUCUACGCCGACUUUGUCGAGGCGUACGUGGUGUGCGCCUUGGGCGGCGCCAGCACGGUCACCUUUAGUUUCCUCAGCUUGGCCAUGUUGCAAGCUCUCGCCGCCGUGACGCUCUCGAUGCUGCUGAGGCACAUUAAGAGAUAUUUUGUCGUGGUUGUGGGUUUCGCUUUCCACGCGUGUCUCCUGCUCGUCUUGGUCACUUGGAGACCAACGGGAGACGACCCGGCUCUCUUUCACGUCAUAUCAGCUGCCUGGGGAGUUUGUAACUCUAUCUGGGAGACUCUGACGUACACCCUGGUAAUGAGCCUGUAUCCGAACGCGUGGCAAGGGCCGCUGUCGACGUCGCUCUUCUGGCGUUGGCUCGGUUUGACCCUGGCGCUGAGCCUGCAUGGCGCAGUGUGCACCCGUUAUCGCGUGCUGGGCCUCGCCACGACCUUGGUGCUGGCGGUGGUGCCGUACCUGUGGCUGGAGAACCGUCUGGCGCGCCGCGGCAAAACGCUGGCGCCCUUAUGACCAGGCGACUCGACCGCGAGCGAGCGCGGGUCCACCAGCGUCGAGACGGCGACGGCGACAGAAGUCAGACACCGGGGUGACUGAGAACGAGCCGUUCCAUCCGGCAGAACGUCGUCGGGGUUCCUGCGACGCGGCAGUCGCAGGAGCAGCGGCCUGACAACGGGACAGCAGCUGCCGGAGCAGCCGGCGCCGGCCGCGACGUCGAUCAAGGGCAAGACGCGACGCAGGGCGAACAGCGUCGCGUUCGCCUGCCGCACCGAUUACGGCCUGCCCGACGACAGCGACGACAGCAGCCCGCCGAAGAAUCCGCUGCUCCUCAUCGCGGAGCCGGAGCGUCGCAGAAGCGCCACUAGCACCAUCGUCGAAAGCACGAAGGAGCGGGAUCGCGCCACCCCCACGGUCUUCACGCUCUCGUGAGGAAGGCGUCUUCUCGCGAGCGCGCUUCUCAAGCGUCGCUGUGCCCUCGAUAGACGACGCGUCGCAUGGUAAUCGCGAGUGCGGUGCUCCAGCGCCAUGCGCUGGAUAAUGCGCUGAGAAGGGAAGAAAAAAAAGCGAAAGCGGUGCUUUCAAGCGCGUUGCCGAUGUUCUUCCGGUCGACUUCAACGCUCCAAGACUGCACCCUUGACGCACCGCGAGAGAAAUCUUUCCGAGCGUGUGCUUGCGGUCCGAAGAUUUGCGUUCCGCCGCGGGACCGUAUAAUCCGGAAUCCGAUAGUCUACAUUGCCAAUAUCCAGCGCAUCUUCGUGCGAGCGCGAGGUAUUGCAGCUAUCGCAGUGUACUAUUUAGCACUCGACUCGGGAGAGAGUCCUCUCUCUCUCUUUCUCUCUUUCGCUCCCUUUUCGCGAAUUUGGAGCGAGGACGGCGACGAUCGAUGGGCAUGCCGCGACGGAUGCUUUAAAGCUCUCUCCAGGCGCGUUUAAACCGCGAUUAAUGAGGAUAGCGCCUCUCAAAGCUGGAUGGAACGGCUGCGUAUACGGACAUUUAUAUACGUACACGAGAAUACACACAUACACAUAUACACCCUUUCCCGCUACGGUGCGAUCGAUGCACACGACUGAAUAGCGGUGAAAUGACACGCGGGGAUACACACAUACGUACAUAAAUCUACAUAUAUCGUAUUCUAGUAUCGAGCGUACCGUUUUGUAUCACUCGAACGAAUCGUCGUUUGACGUAACGCAACGUCGAAAUGUACCUGAUGUCUUUCAAGCCAAGCUAUGCAUAAAGUAUAAACGGAAUCGCCCCGUGCGAGACACCCGAUAUAUAUAUAUAUAUAUACAUAUACAUAUACACACAUAUACAUACCCUUCUAUCUAUCGUAGCUGCUCGUAUAUGCGCCUUGCAGGGCGUAUCGAUUUUUUGAGCGAACGACUCUUGUCAUUUCAUAUACCGAUCGUACUCGAAAUAGCGCAGAUGACGGAUUCGGCUUCGAAGUCGAAAGUAAAUCGACAGAUCUAGAAUGAAUCUAGACGUAAAAUUAUAAGCGCUGUUAACGAUUUCAAUAUCACGACAAUUCAGGUAAGAUUUUUUAUGAUAACACUCGUCGCCGACGAGGGUCGCGUACGAGGGGGAGAAUCAACCCUCCCUCAUAGAAAAGCGAGAGCAACCCCCCGGGUAAUAUUCCGCAGAUAAGAGGAGCGAGGGUGCAUUGUUCGCGCGUAAUUCCGGUGAGUAGCGAAAUGAUCGUCCGUUUCAAGACGUUUUAGAAAACUCGCAUGGGCGAUGACACGGCGAUCGUCCGCCGGAUUGCGGACGUUAGUUGACGUUUGUUUUGUUACGGAUCUUAGUCUAAGCAAGCGAAACACUGUAAUCGCAUAAAGUUUAAGGGAGAUUAAUAAGUGUUAUCACGUUUAAUGUUACAAGUGUAGGCGGAUCGAACGAUAAAUUAGGACGAGGCAACAUAUCACUGACGUACAACAUUGCCUGGCGGAAACGGAGCCUGGUUUCCAUCUGCUUCCUCUUGACGGGGACGUACAUUGUCUGUACGACGAAUAUACAACCGUAUUGUAGCGUACCGUGAAUAUGCGGUGAAAGCGCAUUGAUGGAAGUAACUUUUUGCGCCGUCAUAAAAAACAAAAUUUGUAUUCUUUCAAGCCUGAAAAGAAAUAAUUUGUAAGUUUUAAUGGCAAUUUUUCUCGUUUCACAGACCAUUGCUUGCAUUUUUCUUAUCUAUUUAGCUUUACAUAACACAUAAUCAAACCUGAAAUCGUAAAAUAUUAAUGAACACAUUUAUUAUUUAAAUAUAUUUAAAUGAAUGAUAAAUUGAUUAUGAAAUAUUAUUAAAUAUGCAUAUAUAGAUUUUCAAGAGACAAAAAAAGUUGCUUUCUUUGAUGCAAACUUAUCCCAUUUCACGGUACAGUUUUUUUAUGCGCCUCACGUGUUUUCCGAUGUUCGGGUUAAUCGUAUUACGCUUGAUCGAGAAUAAGAAUCGCAGGACGACGAUAAAGUAAAAAAAAAAAUGCGCGAAGUCUCGUGAAAAGAAGAAAAAAAAACUGCUAGGACACAAAAAACGCUCACAAGCGCAACUGUAUUUACUCAGCAAUAAACUUGCUCACUUCCAGUCGAGAAUCGCGGGUGAUUGUCCGCGAGGCAGAAAAGGCAAAAGAGAAGAAGGAAACUGAAUACAUUCCAUGUCCUAGUGAAAUGCGGAGUAAGAAAUAUAUCGUCGGUGACGUUGAGGAAAGGCAUAUAUUAUCUGUAUUUCAUGAAAUAAUAAAUAUUAUCUUAUUUUAUA